GAUGCCAGCAAGUUUGCCAACGUGUCGCUCGAGGAACUCCAAGGCUCGAUCUUCGGCAUGUGCAAGGACCACCAGGGCUGUCGCUUCCUGCAGAAGACGCUUGAAGCGGGGCAGAAGGACCAGAUCGACCUGAUAUUCAAGGAGGCGUCACCGCAUCUGUCGGAGCUGAUGACCAAUCCCUUUGGCAACUAUCUGUGCCAGAAGCUGCUCGAGCACUGCACAGAACCGCAGCGCAAGCAGGCGAUGACGGCCCUUGCACCCGACCUGGUGGCCAUCUCGGUCAACGUGCACGGAACGCGCGCGGUGCAGAAGAUCAUUGACUCAGUUUCAAGCCAGGGCCACAUUAACACAAUCAUUGGCGCUCUGCGCAACAGCGUGGUCAUGCUUAUCCGUGACAUCAACGGCAACCACGUCAUUCAGAAGUGCCUGAGCCGGCUGUCGAGCAAGCACAACCAGUUUAUCUUUGACUCGGUCGCCGAGAGCUGCAUCGAAGUGGCCACGCACCGACACGGCUGCUGCGUUUUCCAGCGCUGCAUUGACUACGCUACUGACAGCCAGAAGGCGCAGCUGGUCAAAGUUAUUGUGGAUAAGGCGCUGACGCUGGUGCAAGAUCCAUUUGGCAACUACGUCGUGCAGUACGUCCUGGAUCUGGGAAUCAUGGACUACUCGGAGCCCCUGAUCAGGAGGUUUGUCGAUCACAUCUGCGGGCUGUCCGUGCAAAAGUUCUCGUCCAACGUCAUGGAGAAGUGCAUCCGCAUAGCCAGCCCGGCUACGCGCAAGAUGAUGGUGGCGCCAAUGCUGCAGCGCGAGAAGCUGGAUAUGCUGAUGCGCGACUCGUACGGAAACUAUGUCGUGCAGACGGCCCUGGACUUUGCCGAUCAGACGACCCAGCGCCUGGAGAUCAUCGAGGCCAUUUUGCCGCUGCUGCCGCAUAUUCGCCACACGCCAUACGGAAAGCGCAUCUUUAUCAAGCUGCAG